AUGGAUCAAGAUUUCAUCCAGACUGUCGAAGGUGGCAGCCAUGCUGACGUAGCGACUAAAAAAGAGGAGAAAUUUGCUGAAGGAGACGAGAAAAUAUCUCAUAUCAAGAAGGAGUUGCUCGAAGACGAUGCCAAGGACGAAGGGAUCGGGAGUUUUGAAGUUGUGACCGUUACUGCCGAGACUUUGCCAGCCGAAAGUGGCGACCAUGACGGUAAAUUUGGUGAGGCAGACGCGGGGAUGCCACAAGCAUCAGAAAAGGACAAGCCAACGGUCGAGGUUGUGAACGAAGUUGAAAAAGACGAGGGAGGUUCAAAGUCACGUAAAAGGAAGUCUUCGCGAGAAGUUGAGGAAAGUACUGACGAAGAAGACACUGAUUCUGAGGAAAGCUACACGUCUGAGGGAGAAACGGAAACAGACGAGAGCGAAACUAGCGACAGCUCUGAGUCAGAAAAAGAAGACCGCGAGAAAAAACAAGAUGGCGGCUCCAAGGUCAAGUCCCAGAAGAAAGAAGACAGCGGCGACACACUGACAUCUAUCGAUACACCAGCGCUCCUAGCGGAAGGUAACAGCACUGCAGCUGAACCUCCCAGCAGCACUUUACGCCGACGUAAGCGAAAGUCUCGUGAAGAUGUAAAAGAUGAAACCAAGGAAAAGAAGGAAACUCGUCCACAACAGUCCGAGCGCCAGCUUGAAGAGGAAACUAACCUGCCUAUCAUCAUAGUAACAGUGACAUGCUGUCUGGCCUUGGUGUUGUAUUCCACAUGUAACCACUACAUACAGAAGGCUGAAAAAGCUACCACGAUCGGAGGACGCACCCCUCUUCACGCGGCAGCUAUCAAAGGUGACGUCAGUCGGCUGAUGAGACUAUUGGCUCCCAAGGACAUCGACAUCAACAAACAAGACAGCCAGGGAGACACUGCUCUUAUGCUGGCAAUCAGAAACAAAAAGGAAGACGUGGCCAUGUUGUUGUUGUCCGACGGAGCCAGCCAUUGGUCGUUCAACCUCAACGGAGAGGCGGCCAUACACGAGGCAGCGACCAAUGGACUCGCCGCCCUUAUCACCAAUCUGGUGGAAUAUGGCGCGGACCCAGAGCUCCAGUCACGUGACGGCUGGACUCCCCUGAUGAAGGCUGUAAAGGCGGAUGAGUUGGAGACCGUACGGGCGCUUUUGGAGAAAGGCAAUGCUAACCCCAACACGAAGUCGGACAGUGGCGGUCUAACCCCCCUCCAUCUGGCCGCACAGAAGACCCCCAACAUGGUCAGCCUCCUCGCCAAAGCUGGCGGAAACGUCAACGCCAGGGACGAGAUCUUCGGCCUCACGCCCCUGCACGUGGCCGCCACCGAGUGUAACUCGCUGACGGUGCGGGAGUUACUGAAGAGGGGCGCCGACGACUGGCUAGAGGCUCACGAUGGCACCAGACCGCGUCACGUCAUCGGUAAAAAGGUCCACAAAGGUCACGCUAAAAACGCGCAGUGUGACGGGGUCAAGAGGCUCCUGAUGGCUUGAUUUAUUGUCGAAAUAUAUCAGCUUGUAGAGUUUCGCGCUCAUGCACCUAGCGAACACUCUGAGGCAACACUGAUAUAUUUAGAGUAAUCUUAAA